AUGAGAAUUGCUACAAAUUUGGCGACAUUUAAGCCUGCGAAACUUUUCAAAACAGUUCAUCUCGACAAAGAACGGACACUUUCGUCUGACGUUGAAAGAUUUUUUACUAAUUUAGCUGUAUCGACCACAACAAAGACACCAGUAAUUGAGAGUGAUAUCGACAAGGAUCAGUCAAAUACGUUAACAACGAAUGUAAAAGAUCAGAACUCCAGUAAUGCAGCUGUAGAUUUACUAAUGACAGAAAAAACAGCAACGAGUAUUAGUUAUGCAGCCUAUACGACAGCAGGUACACCGUUUUUUAACGACAGCGAGGAAGUCAUUCACUUACAGAAAAGUGCAGCGACCGUAAAUCCCACUAUGGUGGUUUCGAAACCUGAGCCACAAGUAACUGUUCAGGUAGAAAAAAUAAAUGAAUCAAUGAACAGUAGUACUUUAAUGAUUCCAUCAGAUGAAAACUAUACUUUUAAUGCUAUUUUUGAUGAGGAACUUAGGCAGGCAGAUACAUCUUAUUUGAUCAACAGUAUUCAACAAAUUCCUGUGGUGAGUUCUGCCGCGUUCGGAAUAGAUGAAGAAUUGAAAAGAAACAACGAUGGUAUAUUUUCCGAUACUUCUUUAACAGAAAAUUAG